AUGCCUGUCCAGGACCUGAACGAUAAGUUGAUCCUCAAACACCCAAAGGGUGCCUCCGCCGAAGUCCUGCUCUACGGUGCCACCGUAACCUCUUGGAAGACCGGGGGGAAUAGUAACCCAGAACCUCUAGAACGUCUAUUCUUGUCUUCCAAGGCAGUUUUAGACGGAUCAAAGGCCGUACGUGGUGGAAUUCCCGUCGUGUUUCCUUGCUUUGGAGCCCCUACUCAUCCCGACCACAAAAACCUGAGUCAGCAUGGGUUUGCUCGUAGUGAGCUGUGGAAAUGGGAUGGUGUAGUAAUGGAUAACGAAGCCGGCGUAUCCGUCCGUCUAGUCCUUGAGCCAUCCCAGAAGAUCUCUGCCAUUUAUCCAAAGCCAUUCCGUCUUAGCUAUGUCGUCACUCUUGCUGAACAUCAACUCAGCACCGAUUUACACGUUACAAACACUUCAUUCUCUGAGCAAUUCGAAUUUCAAGCUCUGUUUCACAAUUAUAUUCGGGCCCCUUCCGAUUCACUGUUCGUGACCCCGCUCCAGGGUCUUCAAUAUAAGGAUAAAACCGAUGAUAGUCUACAAGGCUUGAAAACAGAAGGUAGAUCUGGUGUAGACGUCAAGAAAUUCACGGAUUCCGUUUACACAAAUGCGUCUCAGAGUUAUACGGUGACUUGGCCUGGUGGAGAAAUAUCCAUCAGAAGCCAAAAUCUCAAAGAUGUCGUGAUCUGGAAUCCCCAAGCUGAGGCAGGUGGCAAGAUGGGCGAUAUGGAGGAAGGUGGUUGGGAACGUUUCGUUUGCGUUGAGCCAGGAUAUGUUGAUGGAUUCGAAAACGUUGCCGCUGGGUCAACUUGGUCCGGAGGGCAAGUUCUGACAAUCAAUUAA